AUGGCCGCUGUGGCACUUUGCGGUCCUGGCAGCAUCUGCAUCCAGCGCAGUUUCAUCAUGGCAGCGGCGAAUUUUGGGGGUCAGCAUGAGACGCUGCGGCAUCAGCAGCCGCUGCAUCGGCAAGACAAUGUCUUUGCCCACCAACGAAUUAAACGGGAUUACUCAAUGAACAACUAUGAAUUGGAUGGAUCUGCUGUCACGCAGAAUUUUAGGUAUGCGCGGGAUGUUUCUAGCAAAUCAUAUGAUGGGUCACGUACCUGCAGGACAUGGGGUCAUGGAGCAAUCAGGACUUACACUGACGAUUUUUACCACAUGGCAUCAACCUGUAAUUACAUUCUGACUCGCCAAUGCAAAGGCAAUACGGAAGAUUUUAAUGUGGAAAUCCGGCGAGGCUCUAAUGGCAAUUUGGAACACAUCUUCAUAAAAAUUGAAAGUGUUAUGAUUGUUGUGGCGAAUGGGACAUUUAUGGUUAAACGCUCUGUAAUUUCAUUGCCAUAUUUUGACAAAGUGAUUAAUAUCCAAAAAAGUGGAACUGGCGUGUCAUUUUCAAACAGGAAGCAUACUAUAAGUGUGACUUGGAACUACCAAGAUGCACUACAGGUAAAAGUUGAUGGCCAAUACCAUGGACAAUUAUGUGGCCUUUGUGGAGCUUUUGAUGAAAGUGUCUCAGCAGCCUCUGAAUUGGACUUUAUCCAAUACAAGUUGGAUUCUUCAGAUAGCUCCUGCACUGCAACAUUCCCUAAAGAAACUAAUUGUGCUUCAGCUAAGGUCUGCUCAGAAAUGCCAAAGAUUUUCCCAUCCUGUUCUAACAAAGCCAUGGAAGAUAAAUACAUAGAGAUUUGUCAGAAGGAUAUUUGUGCUUGCAAAGGAAUGGAGCAAUGUAAUUGUGCCAAUUUUGCAGAAAUGUCACAUCAGUGUGUAAAUUCAGAAUCUUCAGAUUGGAAGAAAUGGAGAAAAGUGAUAGGAUGUGGCACUGUCCUCGAUGAUAUACGAGGUGAUGACAUGUGCAUCAGCCAAAUGGAAUGUCCUUGUGAAUACGAUGGGGCGGUGUAUGAGUCUGGACAAAUAAGAAACACUUUCUGCCAGUCAUGCACUUGUCAAAGGGGAAUGUGGGACUGCACUGAUCGUAACUGCCCUGAAAUUUGCAAGAUUGAAGAAGGAACUCAUAUUACAACAUUUGAUGGCAGAUACUAUAAUUUGAUAGGUGACUGUUCAUACUACGCUGUUGUUACAAAAUACUGGACAGUAAAAAUUGAAAUGCAUCCUUGCCAAUUAGCGUAUAAGCAGACAUGUUUACAGAGAGUUACAUACACAAAGUAUCAGGACAGCUACGUAUUCAAUAAUGAUGGCGCUGUUGACUAUAAUGGAAAUAGAGUUGGAGUUCCUUUAGUAAAUGGUAAUAUCAAAAUAUUUCACCAGUCUUCGAAAUAUUUUCAAGUAUCAACAGAGUCUGGGAUGAAGAUGCAAAUACAGAUACAUCCCAUCAUGCAGCUUUAUAUCUCAUUGCCCCAAACUGCCAAUGGAACCACCAAAGGUUUAUGUGGGACCUUCAAUCACAAUGCAGAAGAUGACUUCCUAUCUGCCCAGGGCAUCGUGGAGUACACAUAUGUAGCUUUUGCUAACUCUUGGCGGGAAGGUGAUAAUUGCCCUCCACCACAAGUGAACCCGACCUGCGUUAGCUCAGAAGAUGAAAUCUAUGCCAAACAAAACUGUGCUUAUUUAAAGGAUCCCAAAGGUGCCUUCGCCAAGUGCCAUUCUGCAGUGGAGUUUUCUAAGUAUUUUGAAAUGUGUAAAGUUGCAUCAUGUCACUGUGAGAGGGUCGAUGACUGUAUAUGUGCUGCACUAGAAGCUUAUUCUCAUGCCUGUGCCGCUCAAGGCAUCAUUAUGAAUAACUGGAGAAGAUCAAUUUGCAGUGUAACCUGCCCAAGUACCCAGGUUUUCCAGUAUGGUAUGACAGCCUGUAACCGUACAUGCAGAUUCCUGUCAAGGCCUGAUAUCACCUGUGAGGUUCAGGAUGUACCAGUUGAUGGAUGUGGCUGCCCUGAAGGAAAGUACAUGAAUGAGAAAGGAACAUGUGUGAGCAGAUCAGAAUGCCCGUGUUAUUUUGAUGGUUUGAUUGUGCAAAAAGACCAGCCUAUGAAUGUUAAUGGAGCUCAGUGUUUCUGUGUCGAUGGAAUUCCCUCCUGCCCUGGUGAGAAGGGCCCGUUUGUACCAAAAGAAUGUGGAAAAAAAGAAUUUUCAAACUGUCAGAAUCCUGAUAUUUGUAGAAAGACUUGUCAAACAUUAAACAGACCGUGCCCAAAAGCUUGUGUCCCUGGCUGUGUGUGCCCUGAAGGUUUGGUGGAAGAUUACAAUGGAAAUUGCGUUUUACCAGAAAAGUGUCCUUGUUCAUAUUGUGAUGAAAUCUUCAAUUCAGGAGAAACAAUUAAAAGUGACUGCAAUGACUGCACAUGCAAAGGUGGUUUAUGGACAUGUACUAAUAAACCAUGCCCAAAGACCUGCCUAGUUUAUGGAGAUGGUCACUACAUAACCUUUGAUGGAAGAAGAUACAGCUAUGAUGGGAACUGUGAAUACACCUUUGUUGAGGACCAAUGUCAACGAGCAAUCGGUACAUUCCAAAUACUGACGGAAAGUGUUCCCUGCUGUGAAAAUGGAGUGACUUGCUCAAGGAAUAUCAGGAUUUUAGUUGAGGAUAGAGAACUAGUUCUUUUGAGUGGGAAUGGAAUAACUGAGGUGUCUCUUGGGAAUACCCAGUGCACAGAUAAUCUCUACACACUUCACACAGUUGGACUCUAUUUGGUCCUGACAUUUUCAAAUGGGAUCACUGUGAUAUGGGACAAACGCACAAGAUUGUCAAUCACACUGGAUGCAAAGUGGAAGAACAAAGUUUGUGGCCUUUGUGGAAAUUUCAAUGAUGACAUUGAAGACGAUUUGACAACAAAAUGGAAUUAUGUGGUGACCAGUCCUGUGGAGUUUGGGAACAGUUGGAAAAUAUCACAGUCCUGCUCCAAUACAGUGAACCAAACAUUCCCUUGUGACAGGAAUCCAUAUUGUUUAUCUUGGGCUCAGAAGAGAUGCAACAUAAUUAAAGGCGCAGUCUUUCAAGCUUGUCAUAAAAAGGUUGACCCAACCCCAUACUAUGAAGCAUGUGUCGAAGAAGCUUGCGCUUGUGAUAUGGAGGGAAGAUAUCUGGGCUUCUGUACUGCAGUAGCAGUAUAUGCGGAAGCUUGUAACAAAGUUGAUGUUUGUAUUCACUGGAGAACCCCAGACCUAUGUCCUGUGUAUUGUGACUAUUAUAACCCUCCUGAUGAAUGCAGUUGGCAUUACCAGCCAUGUGGAACAUUGAGAACAAAAACUUGCUCACGCCAUUCCAUUGCAAAGAAAUUAUCUGCAAAUCUUGAAGGUUGUUAUGCAAAAUGCCCAGUAAGUGCUCCUUAUUUGGAUGAAAAUACAAUGAAGUGUGUUACACUACCUCAAUGUACCUGUUAUUACGAUGGAAGAAUCCUUCAACCUGGUGAAAUAACAUGGAAUGACUGUGAGAAAUGUAUGUGUACCAAUGGAGUCACGCAAUGUGAGCGUUUUACAACCACAACACUGAGCACAACUGUAUCAUCCACUUCAACUCCACUUACAUCAUUGACAACUACAUCCUCUCCAACAAUAACAAGCACAGAAACAUCAAUUACAACAACAGGAACGAGCACCAUCACUGAGACGACCGCCAGAAAUACAACUGAAGUGACCACAACAACAGGGACAAGCACCACACCCUCAACGACCGUCAAUCCAACGACUGGACAAACAACAACAACAAGAACAACAGAGAUAACCAGCACAGCCAGUUCAACUGCCAGUUCCACAACUGAGGUGGUCUGUCUUGGUGAAUGGUCUUCCUGGUCCAAUAUACAUACACCAUCCUAUUACGAUCCAAAUGAUGUUGAGCCCAUACGCAAGAGGUUGUGUGCUCCCACUGAUUCUAUUGGUGACAUUCAGUGUCAAUUUGUACAACACCCUUCGAAGCCACUAAGUGAAUCACAAGACAAUGUGGAAUGCAUUAAAGGAGUAGGAUUGGUGUGUAAUUACUCCAGCAGUUCUUCAGAAACAUUCUGUUCUGACUACCAAAUUCGAGUUUGCUGCGAAAACCAACCAUCAACAACUGUUCCGACGACAACCAGCCUAACCACAACCUCCACUGAAACAAGUACACCUGAAGUGACCACAACAACAGGGACAAGCACCACACCCGCAACGACCGCCACUUCGACAACUGAAGAAUCAACAGCUCCAACAGGAAGCACCACCACAACUGGAUUGGCUGCCAGUUCCACAGCGGAAGAAACGACGACACCUUUGCUACCAACAACAACAGGCUCCACCAGUAUUUUGACAAGUGGACAAACAACAACAACAAGAACAACAGAGAUAACCACCACAGCCAGUUCAACUGCCAGUUCCACAACUGAGGUGGUCUGUCUUGGUGAAUGGUCUUCCUGGUCCAAUAUACAUACACCAUCCUAUUACGAUCCAAAUGAUGUUGAGCCCAUACGCAAGAGGUUGUGUGCUCCCACUGAUUCUAUUGGUGACGUUCAGUGUCAAUUUGUACAACACCCUUCGAAGCCACUAAGUGAAUCACAAGACAAUGUGGAAUGCAUUAAAGGAGUAGGAUUGGUGUGUAUUCACUCCAGCAGUUCAUCAGAAACAUUCUGUUCUGACUACCAAAUUCGAGUUUGCUGCGAAAACCAACCGUCAACAACUGUUCCGACGACAACCAGCCUAUUCACAACCUCCACUGAAACAAGUACACCUGAAGUGACCACAACAACAGGGACAAGCACCACACCCUCAACGACCGCCACUUCGACAACUGGUGAGAAAAAUCAUUUUUAA